AUGUCAAAUGGUACCAACGAGCCGCUCCCCGGCCUCCUUGACGACCCUCAGUUCCAGAUCGAUCUGCCCUGGAAUGAUCUGCCUAUAGCACCACUACGGAACCCUGCUCCUCAACGCAAUGCAAAUGCCCCCUCGCCGCUUGAGCCUGAGGCAGGCGCUUCUGCCAACCCUGCUCCUACGCGCUCCGGCGGUGGCUCCGAGAGACGAGGGGUAGGGUCAAGGCAGAACAUCACCCCUAACGAUGUGCUGCAAGCACGUGAAAGCCGGAAGCCACACCUGGCCAUCAGUGAACUGGUCGAUGACAAUGAGGAACCCGGAAGUCAUUCGACACAGUUGCCUUCGUUCGUCAGUCUAUCUGUGGUCGAAAAGUCCCCAACGCAGGCGCCACAGCCUUUGAGCCGACCUAUGCAGAAGCGUCCUCGACUUGAGGAUGAACACCCGCACGAUCUAGGUCGUCAGCUCCCCCGUCCCGCGCAACGGGAGCAGAUUGUGCACCGCCCAGCACCUCUUCUCCCAGCUAUGGUCACUGGUUUACAUGAACCGCCUCCGUCAGCUAACCUACUCCCUUCAAUGGACGCGGAUCAACGCUCUGGCGCAACCCGCUCCGCCGCCACCUCCAAGAUACAGGUCAAGGACAUCCUCAUGCCGACCGACACGUCCCGCUCCCCAUCUCCUGCCCGGCAACUGCCUAGCCUUCACUCUAAGCCGCCUCAUCUCCCCCACCUCGAUUUCCCACCACCCCGCCGGGCCUCCACGGAGCCGACACCCCCCACGACCAGCACCUCAACCCCAGUCAGCGCCACCAUCCCCUCCACCAGGGACGGCAGCAAGCCACGCCGCAUCCGCCGCAAAUGGACCGAUGACGAAACACGCGACCUCCUUGCCGGUGUUCGCAAGCACGGCGUCGGCAAGUGGAAACAAAUCCUCACCGAUCCCAGCUACACGUUUGACGAGCGUAGCGCAGUGGAUCUGAAGGACCGCUACCGAGUAUGUUCCAAGGACGAGCUCAACGGUCCUGCUGCCGCUGCCGCUGCCGCCGCCGCCGCCGUCACCUCCAAGAGCCCCGCCAACACCGACCCAUCGCCCAACAGUCCCGGCAGCGACCAUCCUGCAUCCCGCGGCGCCUCCCCUGCUCCCGGCAGCGGCCCGCAGAAGCAGCGCCGUAAACGCCGCGCCUGGACGACCGAAGAGGAUGACGCGCUUCUAAGAGGUGUCAGCAAGCAUGGCUUCCAAUGGACGGUGAUCCACGACGACGAGGCUCUGAGUCUGAGCCACCGACGGGCCACGGAUCUGCGCGAUCGCAUCAGGAAUAAAUUUCCCGAAGGGUACAGGUUGGCGGAGAGCAAGCCGCUGCGGAGCGAGAUCAAGCGAGUGGAAAGAGAGAGGGAGAGGGAGCGAGAGGAGCGGGACAGGGCGUUCGCGUCGGAUGACGUGCAGCAGGCGAAAGGGAAAGAACCUGCCUCGCAGCCUUCUGCCGCUGCUGCUGCUGCGGGUGGGGGAUCCGGGGUGACGCUGCCGAGUCUGAGUCUCGAUGAUAUGGAUGAUAUGGACAUGGAUGCGGAUGAGGGGAUUAGACUCCCGCCGUUGCUGCCGUGGGAUGACAUGACGAACUGA